AUGCCUUCUGUUACUGAUCUUCAACAACAACAACAAACAUCAUCAUCAAAUACUCAUGGAAAAUCUACACCACCACCAUCAUCAUCAUCAUCAACACAACAAUUAACAUCAACGGAUCCAAAUAAUUCGGAUCCAUUAACACAAGCAAUUCUUCUUUUCGAAAAAAAACAACGAAAUUUAGGAAAACGAAAGGAAAAAUUGGAAAGUUAUAAACAAUUAGCAGCAACUGGUGCAGAAUUAAAUAAAGAUCAAAAAGAAGCAUUAGCUAAAUAUCCUGAAGUACUUGGUCAAAUUGAAUGUGCUAAAGAUCUCGGUGAACAAUUCAAAAAAAUUCAAACCGAGACAGCAAAAUAUCAGAAACGUCUUUUAAAACUAGCCGCGGAUGAAAAACGUCAAUCAGUCUCUCAACGUCUUCGAGAAUAUGCACAAAUUCGAUAUCUACUUGAUCAUCGACCAACAUCAUUGAAAACUGAAGAAUCAACAUUAUUAGAUGAAUUAUCUGCUGUUAUUGUUCCAACAGAUAAUACAUCAAAUUCAAUAUCUCGUUCUGUUGAUACUGUUCUAUCAAUUUAUCAAAGUGGUCCAUCAUCAACAACAAUUAAGAAUCUUCCUGGAAAAAAUGUCCAAGAAGUACGAGAAAUACUUGAACAAUUAGUAAGAAAUGUUGAACCUCAAAAAGUUUCUUCUGUUGUAAUUCCUCCGGAACAAGAACAAACACAAACACAAAUACAAACACCAGCACCAGCACCAGCACCAAUACAAGAAACUAUUGAAACAAAUAAUAUUCAAUCAACUAAUAAUGAUAAUAAUAAUAAUAGUAUUAAUAUUAAUAAUAAUACUAGUUUAAAUGAAUAUCCAUUACAAUUUGAUACCAGAAAUCCGAACAUUUCACUUGAACAAAUUAUUCAAGAUAAUACAUUUUUAUCAAAUGAUUUACAUGAUCAAAGUCAAGAUAAUAAUGAUAAUCAAUUAUCUAAUUCAGAACAAUAUUUACAAACAUUUACUAUUGUUAAUUCAAAUCAACAACCUUCUUCAUCAUCAAUAGAAAAUCAACAGCAAGAUAAUUCAAAUGAACAACAUCAACAACAAUCAGAUGAACAAUGGCAACAUCAACGAGGAAAUGGAAAUGUUCAACGAAAUGAACAUGGUCAAAAUGAAGGUGGACACAAACCUUAUCGUGGUAGACCAAAUCAUUAUAAUCAAUCAUGGAGAGGAUCAAAUGGUGGUCGAUAUGAUAAUUCAUAUGGUAAUAAUCAACGACCCUAUUAUGAAAAUAAUCGAGGUAGAGGUGGAUCAAAUUCAAAUUAUCGAGGUAAUCGUGGUGGUGGUGGUGGUGGUAAUCAUCGUUUUGGUAAUACUCGUGGUUAUAACAAUAAUAAUGGUAAUGGAUAUCAAAACUCUGCUCAAUAUCAACAAAAUAAUAAUAAUCAACAUCAACAACAAACUCGUUCUGCUCCACCUCCUUCUACUCAACAACAAUGA